AUGGCGCCAAAAGUGAAGGAAGCUCCUGCCCCUCCCAAAGCCGAAGCCAAAGCGAAGGCCUUGAAAGCUAAGAAGGCAGUCCUGAAGGUGUCCACAGCCACAAAAAGAAGAAGAUCUGAACAUCACCCACUUUCUGGCGGCCCAAGACCCUGCAGCUCCGGAGGCAGCCAAAAUAUCCUUGAAAGAGCCAACAAGACCCAGAUCAAACAGGCUGUGAAGAAACUCUAUGACAUUGAUGUGGCCAAAGUCAAGACUCUGAUACGGCCUGACCGAGAGAAGAAGGCAUAUGUUCACUUGGCUCGUGAUUAUGACGCUCUAGAUGUUGCCAACAAGAUUGGGAUCAUCUAA